ACAACAGAACAGAAACCAAGUCAUUUCCUCUCAGCAGCUGCCCCAAUUGGAACCCACUGUGCACAAAUAUUUAUAUUUAUAUAUAAUACACACAUAUCGUGUAUAUAUAUAUAUAUAUUGACAUUCAUCUGUACCUGUAUAGACAAGAAACAGACCCCUGACCACGGGCCAUUUCCUCCACUGCGGGAAGCUCCGUCCAAGGGGGGGCCAGUCCUUCAUCUGCUCUCUCUGGCCCAGAUCUUGACCUCCGGGAAGACUCGAGGAAAUCAAGAAAGAGCUCAGACGGGGUUUCAAGAUCGUUGAUUUGGGAUUCGGGGCGGCUCCUCUUGUGUUCCCCAGCUCAGUGAUUCAUCAGAUAAUCCACAAUAACUCAAAGCCGGAGAUCGCCCCAUCUGGACAGCUCGAGGGCAGUUAGCAAAUUGGAGUUUUUCAUUUCAGUGGACGCGGUAAUGCAAUUGUUCUACUUAAGUUAUGAAGACAGGCAAAGGGUGCCAUUUGAAAAUGGGCGAGGUUCAGAUUUUCAGUGGGCAUCGCCAACGUUCUCCCCUAAGGCGACCGAUUUGGAUCCUAGUUCUCAUCUGUUUGGUCACUGUUUUCCUAUUCUGGGCUUACACGUACCAUCCUCGAAGCAGCUCUGGUUGUUACAUCUUCUCCGCAAAGGGCUGUAAAGGAAUUUCUGUUUGGCUCCCUCCAGCUCCUGUGAGGGAAUAUACCGACGAAGAAGUCGCAUCCCGAAUCGUGAUUCAGGAUAUCCUGUACACGCCUUCCAUUGAACGGAAAAACCCAAAGAUAGCAUUCAUGUUCUUGAGUCCUGGUUCUUUGCCCUUUGAGAUGCUCUGGGAUAAAUUCUUCCAAGGCCAUGAAGGAAGAUUCUCUGUCUAUGUUCAUGCUUCAAAGGAUAAACCAGUACAUGUGAGCCGUUACUUUGUGAAUCGUGAGAUUCGCAGUGACCAGGUUGUGUGGGGUAAAAUUUCUAUGGUUGAUGCUGAAAGACGACUACUGGCAAAUGCUCUAAAAGAUCCCGAUAACAUGCGGUUCGUGUUACUUUCAGAUAGUUGUGUGCCAUUGCGUUCUUUCAACUACAUCUAUGACUAUCUCAUGCACACAAAUGUCAGCUUUGUUGAUUGCUUUUAUGAUCCGGGCCCACAUGGGAAUGGCAGAUACUCCGAGCGAAUGUUGCCUGAAGUGGAGAAGAAAGAUUUCCGAAAGGGUGCACAGUGGUUCUCAUUGAAGCGGCAACAUGCCCUUAUAGUCCUCACUGAUAGUCUCUACUACACAAAGUUCCGGGACUACUGCAAGCCUGGUCUUGAUGGUCGCAAUUGCAUUGCAGACGAACAUUAUUUGCCGACCUUUUUCAAUCUCAUCGAUCCAAAUGGUAUAGCAAACUGGUCCAUAACCCAUGUUGAUUGGUCGGAGAGAAAGUGGCACCCGAAGUCAUACAGGGCUCAAGAUGUCACUUACCAGCUUUUGAAGAAUAUUUCGUCAAUCGAUCGAAGUCUUCAUGUAACAAGUGAUGGCAAGCACAAAGAAAUGGAAGACCCUUGCCUAUGGAACGGAGUGAAACGGCCGUGUUACUUGUUUGCGAGGAAGUUCUUUCCUGAGACCUUAGACAAAUUGUUGCGACUCUUCCCAAACUACACAUUGUCACACUGAGCCUAGAUAAAUUCAUUUUUUCUCUUAGUUCCUAUAUUCUUUGGUCGGUUCUUUAACUCGACCCAAUGGGAUCCCAUCUUGGUUCCUCUGCACUAUCAUCUGUUAGUGUCAUGAAGGAACCAUCUGCACAGUCAUCGAGGAUCGAGCGGUCACUAUCAGGCCUAGUAGGGUACAGCUUUCGAACCUUUUUUCUUGGGAUGCAAGGAAGAAGGCUAACAGCAUUUGGGAGAAGAUUUCAGGUUAGGAGGUUCACAUGAUAGAUCUCAGACCUAUUUCGGGCUUUAUGAAUGUGGCUGAUACUGAUGAUGGGGGGAUUUUACUAAUCCGGUAACAUUGUUGAUUUAUGUAAAAAAAUCUGUAGAGUUGCGUAUAUAUUAUCGAAUAAUAUUCA